AUGAAAUACUUCAAAUCUCGAUUGCACGCCUGCGUCUACUCGUUCCUAAUCUUCAUGUAUUUCUACUUUGUCUCUCUAAUCAGUAUUCUACUUGCACCACUAUCACCGUACCACCAAUACAACUUGACUAAAGAUUCGAUUGCCUUGUCGAAGUCAGCCCCAUCUUUGCUCAUCAAACCCCCCAUCAUGACAGGGAGACGGAUCCGCUGGGCUGAUUACCGCCGCCCCGACCGCAUUACAGAAAACAAUCUAGCUCAAGUACCCGAGGGGCACUUCAACUGGGGACAGUGGAGGCACAUGGCUAAUCCACAAGGUAUGCAAGGAUACUGGAACGAGAGGAGAGGGCAAUGGGGCUGGAGGAAUGGGUAUCAGUGGGGCGAUGCCAGGAGAGACUGGCGGUAUCGCUGA